AUGAUGGCUAUGAAAUCGGAUGCUGAUAAGGGUGACAUAUACAGUCAGGACGUAACAUUGAUGAAUAUAAGUAACAGUCCAAUUCAAGAGAACACCGUGAACAGUAGUCUAGAUGAUGAGCGCUUAUCACCCAAUAACGUAUCAUCCAUAUUGCCAGCAGCCAUCCCCUCACUUAACAUGUUUCAUAUGUAUUAUUACCAACCUUUCUUACAUCAAGACCAUGUAGCACUAAGUGAAGAAGAGAAGGAUAAGCGCGAUAAAAGACGACUCAGAAAUAAGGAAGCAGCGGCGAGGUGCAGAAAACGGAGAUUGGAUUUGAUGGAAACGUUGCAGUCUCAAGUUGAUCAGUUGAGGGAAGAGAACAAGAUGAAGGAUUCGAAAAUUGCAGAAUUGCAGUUACUGAAGAACGAAUUGAUAUCAGUCGUGCACGAGCAUCAAUGUGUAUUGCCUGAAUCACUGCGUCAAACACUAGGUCUGGACGGCACGGCGCAACAACAAUACAUCAUUAAUAACAACAACAACAACAUAUGUAAUUUAUAUAACAACGUAAUUUCCCGCAAAAGACCUGCGAGUGAACUCAUUCCUGAGCUCAAGUCGCAACAAACCAGUGAUGAUACCAACAACGUAUCACCAUCACCCGUUAACACGUCCACUGCUAACGCAUCACAAUCCAGCAUUGCACCCGCAAAAGUGAAGCAAGAACCGACCUUGUACGACGUGAAUAAUCGUGACGAUAAACAGGAUGAAGACAUCAAGCGACCGACCUCUUUAUCGUUCAACAACAAUACGACCAGCAGUAAUAAUUAUAAUAAUAACAAUACUAAUAAUAAUAUUACAAGCAGUUCCGGUGUUCCAAUCACGACUCCGUCUAAUUUGCUUGGUUCAGGUGUGUCCGAGUUCGGAACAGUGAAUUUACUGGAUGGACCGACGGGUUUAACGCCGUGUCAUCAACCUCAACCUACUGCAUUCCCGAUUUCAUCUUUAAAUACGCCCCUCGGUAGUGACGGUCGCAGCUUCGAGUCACUGUAA